CUACAUGAAUGUGAAGCACACACAUAGAAAAAAAAAUCAUAAUAUUGAAAGAAGAAAAGAGAAUAAAAUGGGAGAUGAUGAUAAAGGCACAGUUUGUGUGACAGGAGCAACAGGUUAUAUAGCAUCAUGGUUGAUUAUGAAGCUUCUUCAACAUGGUUACAAUGUUCAUGCUACUGUUAGAUCACACCAUUUCAAAGAAAAUACAAACUUGGAAUAUCUUACAAGCUUACCAGAAGCAACAAUGAAGUUAAAAAUCUUUCAUGCUAACCUUGACGAUUCAACUAGUUUCCAAAAAGCAAUACAAGGGUGUAUUGGAGUUUUCCAUCUUGCACAUCCUAUGGAUGUACAAAACCAAGAGUCGGAAGAAAUAGUGACAAAAAGAGCAUUGGAAGGAACAAAAGGAAUUUUAAAAGCAUGUUUAGAAUCAAAGACUGUGAAAAAAGUGAUUUAUACUUCUAGUGCAACAACUGUUUUGUUUAAUGGUAAGAAUGAUCUUGAUAUGGUGGAUGAAGAUGUAUGGAGUGAUAUUGAGAUUUGUAAAAGUAGUAAUCUUGUUGGAUCUUCUUAUUUGGUGUCUAAAAUUUUGACAGAAAAGAGUAUUUUAGAGUUUGGAAGAGUGAAUGGAUUGGAAGUUGUGACUUUGAUUCUUCCUUUGGUUAUUGGGCCCUUUAUUUGUCCUACUAUACCAUCAUCUGUUUAUAUAGCACUAGCCAUGAUAUUUGGAGACCAUAAUCGAUAUGAAUAUCUCACCAUCUCAUACAUGGUGCACAUAGAUGAUGCGAUACGUGCACUUAUAUUUCUGUUUGAGAGUGAGAAUGCUAAUGGAAGGUAUAUUUGUUCCUCGGACCAAAUAUCAUUUCAUCAAAUGUAUGAAUUUCUUCAUCAAAAAUAUCCCGAAUAUCACAUAACAAUACCAAUUUCGAUGGAGACAAAAAAUGAUGAAAAAUUUAGUGUUCUAUCAUCAAAAAAGCUCUUGGAUACUGGAUUCAAGUUUAAGUAUAACGUCGCUGAUAUAUAUGAUGGAGCUAUAAAGUGUUGUAAAGAGAAAGGAAUCUUAUAAAUUAUGAAUAGCACAUGCAAUAUUUAAAUGUGUAAGGAUUGUUAUAUCAAUUAGCCAAAUUAAAGUGAUGUAACUUAUAUAUGGUUUAUGACUAAGGACAUAAUUAUAAUGAAAAUGUUAUAUAAA